AUGGCGGAACUUCCAUUGACUGCCCCUCCCUCCCAGGACACGACCGCUCCCACCCUGCCUCCACAGCUCCAUCACAAACCCGUCCUGCGACUUCACCUCGACGACAUUGGCCACCCGGCUGCCCAGGUGGCUUCCAGUUCCCUGGAUGGAGGCCUAUAUCUGACCAGAGCUAUUGAACACGUCGUAAUGCACUUGUACAGACCUUACGGGUUGAGCGAAAUUCCCAGAGUCAGAUCGGUCACGGUAGUCCUACGCGCCAUGGGGGGAGUGGCCUACACCACUGGAUUGCCACUUGAUGACCUCCACAAGGAGAUUCACCUGUCGCUCGACUAUGUUCACGGCGUCUUAUCAAGAAACUCAGCAGGACUACGCCAUGAGAUUGCCGGAGUCAUCACGCAUGAGAUGGUUCACUGUUUUCAGGGCAACUGUCAUGGCACUGCUCCUGGGGGGCUCAUUGAGGGCAUUGCAGACUUCGUUCGAUUGAAGGCCGGCCUCUCGCCACCGCAUUGGAACAAGUCACCCGAGAACAGAGGGCAGAAAUGGGACGAGGGCUACCAGAAGACUGCGUGGUUUCUUGAUUGGUUAGAGGAAUUACGAGGACCCGGCACCGUAAGUCGGAUGAACGAGACUAUGCGGAAGGUGAGGUAUCAUGAGCACGAGUUCUGGACGGGCAUUUUUGGGGAAUCCGUUGGUCAGCUCUGGACCCGCUACAAGGCGACGUGGGAGACUGGAGCUCAGGGAAGUUCCCUUCCAAUGGCCACAGAGCAAAGCAGUGACAGUUCAGCACAAGAGGGGCCUGAGAAAAAAGAGAAGCAGCUGGUGAUCCCAGAGCAAAGGAAACCGAAGCAUUUUGCCGCUUAG